AUGGAGAUUGGGACCGUCGACCAUUUCGGUACCGGGAGCCUGAGCGUGACCUCGAUCGUCGGUGAUGAGAGCGGCUUCGGGAGUCGCAAUGUCGAGAUCGGUACCGGGAGCCGGAUCUCCGACGGUACCGUCGGUCCGGUGACCGGGACCGUGAGCGGCGCCGGGAGUGCGACCGGCGUGGACGGGAGAUGCAGCUCUACCGCGGUCGGCACCGGGGAGCAGGGAGCAUUGCUCGGACGAGACAUCCUCACUAAAUUACAGGCGGAGAUCUCGUUCGAGAACGGGAAAAUGGAAGUUAGAAUCCCGAAGCAACAAGCCUCUAACUACCAGAUGGCUCUCAUAAGUGCUGGAAAUCACUCCUCGGAAUGUCAGGAGAGUGACGAGAGCCAGCUGCCGGGGGUUAACUCUGAGUCUGUUCAUCUGAGAAUCCACACAGGGGAGAGGCCCUACAAAUGCUAUGAGUGUGGGAAAACCUUCAAUCGCAGCUCACACCUUAUUGCCCAUCAGAAAAUCCACACAGGGGACAGGCCCUAUAAAUGCUGUGAGUGUGGAAAAUACUUCACUGAGAGUUCAGACCUUUCUGUACAUCAGAGAAUCCACACAGGGGACAGGCCCUACAAAUGCAGUGAGUGUGGGAAAACCUUCAAUCGCAGUUCGCACCUUAUUAGGCAUCAAACAAUCCACACAGGGGACAGGCCCUACGAAUGCAGUGAAUGUGGAAAAUGCUUCACUAGCAGCUCAAACCUUUCUCAACAUCAGAGAAUCCACACAGGGGAGAGGCCCUUUGAAUGCCGUGAAUGUGGGAAAACCUUCACUUACAAAUCAGGCCUUUCUAGACAUCGGAGAAUCCACACAGGGGACAGGCCCUAUGAAUGCAGUGAGUGUGGGAAAACCUUCAAUCGCAGAUCAGGCUUUUCUAGACAUCAGAGAAUCCACACAGGGGACAGGCCCUAUGAAUGCAGAGAGUGUGGGAAAACCUUUACUCAAAUAUCAGCCCUUUCUGUUCAUCAGAGAAUCCACACAGAUGAGAGGCCCUAUGAAUGCAGUGAGUGUAGGAAAAGCUUCACUAGCAGCUCACACCUUUCUAGACAUCAGAGGAUCCACACAGGGGAAAGACCCUACGAAUGCCGUGAGUGUUGUAAAACCUUCAAUCGCAGCUCGCACCUUAUUAGUCAUCAAACAAUCCACACAGGGGACAGGCCCUAUGAAUGCCGUGAGUGUAGGAAAACCUUCACUCACAGAUCAACCCUUUCUGUUCAUCAGAGGAUCCACAGAGGGGAAAGGCCCUAUGUAUGCAGUGAGUGUGGGAAAACCUUCACUCAAAGUUCAGCGCUUUCUCUUCAUCAGAGAAUCCACACAGGGGAGAGGCCCUAUGAAUGCAGAGAGUGCGGGAAAACCUUCAAUCACCGCUCACACCUUAUUACCCAUCAGAGAAUC